AUGGAGGAAUGGAGAAAAUAUUUAGAAAUAAAUAUCAUAAACGAAUCAUCAGCGGUGACGGAGACUGUGCUUAGUUUAGGUCUAAAGAUAUCUAUCCAAGAUGCUCAAAGUUAUCUGAAAGUAUUUUACGAUGAAAAUGAUCAACUUUAUCCAGUGUAUAUUAUCCAUGGUGUGCCAAAAGACCUGGGUUCCUUGGUAGAUUUGGACAGUGGGUCAGACAGUUUGCCGUCAGAUUUUCUUACACAAUACGCUCUUGCAACGAAGGCUUCUCUCUUGGACAUUUGCAGUCAAUUCGAAGAGGGAUACAAGACUCAAAUUUAUGCUCUAUCAGCAAAUCCAAUCGUCGAUUUUGAUGAGUUAUUGCCCGUCAUAUACAAAUUACGAGGCAAAGAUGUUAUAUACCAAAAAGAGCAUUGUGAAAAGUAUGGAUUCAUACAUAAUGAAAACUCGAAGCCACGAACCUUGAAAACGAAAACGAUACCACCCUCCAAUAAAACGCCUCUUCCUACUAUUAAGAAAGAACCCGCUGAAGUGGAUCCAAAGAAACCAAAGACGUGCUCUUCCAACCUGUUCAGAAAUGUGAAACCUUCAAAUUCGCGGCAGAAUUCUACGGCCAGCAAAACGUCGGCGGGAUCUGAGAAUAAGCCUGUGCCGGCCGGUCCUACAGGAAAAUCAGAAUUACAGACACAUCAGCUUAAAAAGGAGAAUGACGACUUAAGAAAUAUCAUGGAUAUGGACGAUGAUCAUAAUUCAAUCAACGAAGCAAGAAAAUCGGCAAUUUCUGUCGCUGCCAGUCCAGAGGAAGUAACCAGCUUAGAUACAGAGUCUAAUAAGCCUUCGAAUGAAAAUUCUACUCCUGAACCCGAAGAAACUAUAACUUCAAUAGCCAACGGACGAAAACAUGGUAAGCGUAAAGUUACAAAAACGGUCACUACCCAUGACGACGAAGGAUUCUUAAUUACAAAAGAAGAACAGGCUUGGGAAUCAUUCUCUGAGGAUGAAAAUGAAAAUGAAAAUGAAAAUGAAAAGGCCAAACGGGCUUAUCCUCCGAAGGCUAGAGCAUCAAAUCCCCCUACUCGUAAAAAAAGUGGACCUCAGCAGGGUGGAAAUCGCCAGCAGAAAUCUAUCAUGUCCUUUUUUGGAAAGAAGUAA